UAACAAAUUCACCGAGUCUUACCAGUUGAAUUCCCUUUGUAGGGUUGUCCACUUAGCACGCCGACCAGAACUUCACUUGACCUCACUCGCAAACAGCAAUGGCACUCCCAACAAAUGGGCGAGUGAUAAUCGACAUAACUGCAGGAGAAAUUGAAAUUGAACUAUGGUCAAAGGAAACACCAAGAACAUGCCGGAACUUCAUCGCACUCGCGCUAGAAGGUUAUUAUGAUGGCGUCAUCUUUCACAGAAUCGUCCCGGGUUUCUUAGUCCAAACCGGCGACAAAACAGGGACAGGUGGAGGAGGGGAGUCAUUCUAUGGAGCGAAACGUUGUGGUUGUCCUCUUAUCCCUCAUCCAAAUUCCGUUGAUAUCGCCUCUACAUCACGAUGGAAGGCCUAGAGGACAUCUGGAAGAGAUAUCCAGCUUUCAGGAUAGCAGACCGACCGACCUUUAUUGUCGCGGGGUGAAAAACACUGGAUAUCAACACGGUGAAGAAGUGGAUCAAACUGUGCCAUGCGAGCCAUGGAGAUACAUGUAAAGUCUCAAGAGUAGGCGAACACGACAAGAGGAAACUGCCGGGGUUUGUGAGAGUGGUGGACAUAGUAUUGAUGGCCGUGGUUCCUGCGCCUUCUGGUUGUCGUUACAUCGCCCCCAGUUACAUGUGGGGAGGCAUCGGCGCAGAGUGUAUUGGACGACGAAGGAUAAUAUAGCAGAGCGCGGCACGCCU